AUGGCCAACAACAAGGAGUCUUGCCUCAAAAUAGCGCUGGUUGCCGAGCAGAGGCUGACGUAUCUCCAACUCGGCUAUACCAGCGAGGAGUGUGCCGCCCUGACGCAUGACGGCGAAGUCAAGGCCGUGGCCGCCGCGCUCGAGGGACUGGGACAUCAGGUCACGCUCGUGCCGGGCAUCUCGUCGCUCGUCGAGCACCUGGUGGCGGGACGGCACAAGGACUGGGACCUGGUGUUCAACAUGGCGCAAGGGUUCCACGGAUCCUCGAGGGAGUCGCAGGUGCCGGCGCUGCUGGAGGCCUACAUGGUGCCGUAUACGUUUUCGAGCGCCGCAACCAUGGCGCUGUUGCCUGCGACACGCACACGUGUCUGCCCCAGCCGUGCCGAGCGCCGUGGACUGAAGCAAGGGGACCAGAUCAUCCUGGACCACUACGGCGUCCCCAACGCGCGCUUCAUGGUCGUUCGAAGCGGGCACGUCGACCUCCUCGACAACGCUACGCUGCCGCCAAACUACCCCCUCUUCGUCAAGCCCGUCAUUGAGGGCUCGUCCAAGGGCAUCGACGGGUUCAACAAGGUCAACAGCCUUGCGGAGCUCGAGCGCGCCGUCAAGAAACUGCAGGCCCGCUUCCCCGGGCAGGAUAUCUUGGUGGAGUCGUUUCUGUCGGGGAGAGAGUUCACCGUGAGCAUCCUGGGGACCGGCUCUCACGGCCGCGUCAUCGGCGUCAGGGAGCAUAUCUGGCAGGCGUCUCCCGGCAACGAGUACCACGAGACGCCCGAGUUUGCGAGCUGGGAGAGCAAGCUGAGCGAGGAGUGUGUGCUGCGCUACAACGACUCCCACGACAUGGACGACGCCCACGUCAAGGCCGCCUGCCGCGUUGCCCUCGACACCUGGGCUGCCUUGGGCUGCCGCGAUGCCGGACGCGUCGACAUCCGCUUCGACACCAACGAUGCCGAUGCCGUCCCUAAUGUCCUCGAGGUGAACCCCAUUGCCGGCCUCCUUCCGGGUCAUUCGCCGCUUCCAGCGAGCGCAAGCGAGAACGGGCUCUCGUUCGAAGCGCUGUUGACGGCCAUCAUCGCGAGUGCCCUCAGCCGCGACCUCCCCGGCGGUAGGCCGCUCGAGGUCCCGAACGGCGACUGCGUCCGGGGCGGAUAG